CAAAAUGCGGCGCAGCUCCCUGCGCGCGCCCCGGCCGCCCGCCGCCUCCGCCCCGCGCCCCUGAGCCGCCGCUGCCGCCGCGCCCUCGCGCUGGGCCCGGGCUGUGCCCACCGCCGGCCGCGUCCCCGCGCAGCGCCGCCUGGCCGGGUGCAUGCAUUGUGGGUCUCCCGACAUGGUCUGCGAGACGAAGAUCGUGGCCGCGGAGGACCAUGCGGCGCUGCCGGGGACCAAGAAGGACGCGCUGCUCGCCGCCGCCGGCGCCAUGUGGCCCCCGCUGCCCGCUGCCCCCGGCCCGGCCGCCGCGCCCCCCGAACAAGGACCCCUGGCUCGCGGCGGUGCAGGGGGCGCGGAGCCGCCGGGGGGGCGCGGCGUGUGCAUCCGCGAGUUCCGCACUGCCGAGCAGGAGGCGGCGCGCCGCAUCUUCUACGACGGCAUCCUGGAGCGCAUCCCCAACACUGCCUUCCGGGGCCUGCGGCAGCACCCGCGCACGCAACUGCUCUACGCCCUGCUGGUCGCUCUGUGCUUUGCCGUGACACGCUCGCUGCUGCUGACCUGCCUGGUGCCUGUGGGGCUGCUGGCCCUGCGCUACUACUACAGCCGCAAGGUGAUCCUGGCCUACCUGGACUGCGCGCUGCACACGGACAUGGCCGACAUCGAGCAGUACUACAUGAGGCCGCCUGGCUCCUGCUUCUGGGUGGCUGUGCUGGACGGCAACGUGGUGGGCAUCGUGGCUGCGCGUGCCCAUGAGGAGGACAACGCAGUGGAGCUGCUGCGCAUGUCUGUGGACUCCCGCUUCCGUGGCAAGGGCAUUGCCAAGGCGCUGGGCCGGAAGGUGCUGGAGUUUGCGGUGGUGCACAACUACUCCGCAGUGGUGUUGGGCACCACGGCUGUCAAGGUGGCUGCCCACAAGCUCUACGAGUCACUGGGUUUCAGACACAUGGGAGCGAGUGACCACUACGUGUUGCCUGGCAUGACCCUCUCGCUGGCCGAGCGCCUCUUCUUCCAGGUCCGCUACCACCGCUACCGCCUGCAGCUGCGUGAGGAGUGAGGGCCAUUGCCCGCCUGCCGUCCCAUCCACCCCCUCCACCUGCGCCCACCUGCCUGCCCGCCGCCCUGCGCGGCCUUGCUUCCAGACGCUCACCUUAGCGUUUGUGUUGGGUUUCCUCCUUCAACAUCACACGGUUACUUGGCUGUUCUUGGGGGUGUAGGGUUGUUGCUCACCUGUGACAUGGUGGUGGGUUGGGAUCUGCAGCCCUGGCCCUCCGCCUGCCCAGCCUUGGGAAAUGGAGCUGUGGACCCCCAGGCUACCCACCCAGCUGCCGCCUGCCUUUGUCUGGAAGGCUUCACCUCUCCCAUUAAGCACAAGAGCUCUGCCCAAACCCUCAGGGGAGCAGACUCUGGCACCCUGGCCAGGCUGUGGCUAGGCUGUCGUCCCUGAAGCGUGGCCAAGGCUGGCUGCCUGCUGUCCUGAGGGAGACCCAGCUGGCCACAGGCUCCAUGCUGCUCUGUGCAUGCUGAGGACGUGGCCAGGCUGCCGCAUGCCGCAUGCCACAGCCCCCACCCUGUUGCCCUGUCUGGUUGGAACCCAGGCCUGUGGGCACUGGCCUGGCCUGGGCACACCCGCUUGCUCUCUAGUGGGCCCGACAGCCCUGCCCCACCACUCCCGCUUUGCUUUGAUUCCAUGUCACCUCUCUCACAGGUCCCUGCGUCCUGUGCCUGGGCUUGGCUGACUUGGUGCAGCACCCAGGUGUGGGUCCCGUAGCGACCUGUCUUAUAUUGUGGUGAGAGCCCCCAGGGGACACCUGUCUCCUAUUGUGGCAGAGCUCCAGGGCACACCUGUUCCUCAGCACCUGCUAGAUGGGGUGUCCCCUUCCAGCUGCCUGUGGCCCCCCGCCUCAGCUGUCUGCCAGGGUCCACCCUAUAAAUCUUACUUGCCCAGGCUGCUGCCGGCAACACCCAGUCACAGCUUUUCCCAGCCUGAAACCGACCCAUUUUCUAAUAAGUUACUUAGACAGAAUAGCAUUCUGCAUGACUUUAAUUCUUGGGACAGAAUGGUAGUUUGUACCUUGAGACACACACAUGCGUGUGGUGCUAGCGGAUGCACUGGCAGUUUGAUGAGGGUGGGUGGCCUGGGUGGGGGUGGAGGGCUUCACAGUGAAGUCUGGAGGGAGACUCUGACUUAGUGUAAUCCCCCCAAAGAACAUUCCUGGAUGGUGAGGAAGCUCCAGGCUGCCCCUUCCAGCCCUGGUCUGCAGGACUAAGGGAACAGGGUGAGUCCUGCAGCCCUGAGGGGAGCUGGGCUGAGCCAAGGUAGGGGAGUAGGACCUGCUGUCCCUCGUGGCCAGCUCGACUGACUUGAAGGUGGCUGGGCAGGGAGAGGAGGACAGGUAUGGUAGUGGCCACUGACCACUGGAGCCUAUACCUGGCCCUAAAUGGAUGAGCCACCCAGACCCCUUUGUGUGGGGCUUGCCUAGGGGGAGUGUCAGCGCUGGGUCCUUGGCACUAAGGCCACAUUCUUAGGCUUGAGAUUGGCAGCCUACUCCAGCACUCCAGGGCCUUUUUGUCCUGUUAGCAGUUGAGGCACUUGCAGAGCAGUGUACAGACCCCGCUAUCCCCUGUACCUUCCUCCCUGGUGGACCCCGAUCCCCUUGGGAGUGGGAGUUUUGUAGACUGUACAGAAAUUGGCACCCUAUUUUCUUGCAGCUCUCAGAUUUUUGUUAAUCUGGAUUAUACAGACAGACGUAAAGUGUUGUAGCAAAAUGGAAAACAAUCAGCUGUGCCUUCUUUUUCUGUUUGGUUUGGUGUUGGCUUGGGCUGGUUUCGGUUGCCAGGGGCCAUUGGGGCUGCUGACCAGUCUGAGGCCCAGGGCAGGGGCAAGGCUGCUGUAGGUGGCAGUGGCUGGUUGGUGGACAGCUCUGGCCAGUGAGGCUUAUCUCCCUUUGCCUUCGGAGCCUGCAGUGGCUGAGGGUGGGGGUAUGGGAUGGGGGCAGAGCCUGGGUGCCAGUGCCCUUAAAUUGACACAAGGCUGGCUCAUGGAAAACCCACUACUGGGUUCAGAGGGACCUAGGGUGUGCAGGUAGCCCUCCGGGCCUGCUGUGGUCUCUCUGUCCCAGGGAAUCUUCACAGCCACGUGGCCCCAUGGGUCUAUGGAGGGAUGCCUCCCGGCUCUUCGUGAUCCUUGGCCACUCUUCCAUUGCUGCUGGGGUUUAGCCAAGAUGCCAGGAGCAGGGUGGAAGGGUGGACUUCAGCCUUUACAGGCUGGUGGGCAGGCCUCCUGCCCCUAGAAUUGCAGGCUGGGUCCCCUGGUGCCCCUGCUCACUCCAGGCCUUCCACGUCCCUCCAGCUUGAGCACUGAUUGCUCUGCAGUUGUGCACUGACGUGAAUUUUAUUUGUUUGUGGAAAUUCUGCUGUGUCUUCUACCUCUAUGGAGGCCCUUUUGGGCUCGCUGCCCGGUGUCCAGUGUGGUUCCUCUGAGUCUGCCAGCGCACUGCCACCUUCCUGGGUCUCUGCCCCCAUGGUGGUCUGGCAAGGUCCAGGGGGGCCAGCCUGGGACCCCAAGAUUUGUUGUUUGCAGGCCUCUUUUUGUGGAGUGGAGAGGGUGGACACUGGGGUAGUGUCCAGAUCAUCAGUGUUUGCUGAGCCUAUGGUGCAGCCUAGGGAGCAGUUGCUGGGUGUCCCCAGCAGCAUCCCUGCUGGGCCUGUGUCUGUGCAGAUGGUCAGCCCUACAGUAAGUGGCCAGGAGGUUGGCACACCUGUGCUGAGGCCAUGUGUGGUUGGCCUGAGAACAGGAAGGUUGACCCCUUGUGACCGUGGCAGCCUCUUCCCCAUCCUAGGGCUACUGCCAUGUCCAGUGGCCAAGAUGUCUGCAGAUGGUGGGCUGAGGGAGUGGAUAGCUGGCCUCAAAGGAAGCAGACAGCAGCACAGAGAAUGUAGGGCCAUGGGCAGCCCAUUCUAGCCAAGCCUAAGAGGGUGGAGCUUCCAGGCCACCACCAGGACAUAGGGUGUUCUGAGCUGAGGGCUGGGUGUUGAGAGGCUCGAUCCUUGUGUUGCCUGCCCCACCUGUCCAGCCGCAUUCCUCCCUGGAGCUGGCUUCCAGGGCUGGGCAUGUGGCCUGAGCUGUGUCUGGGCUUUCUGGAGUAUGGGCUCCUUUGGCUAUAGGUGGCUCCCAGCUUGGCUGGGGGAUAUAUCGGCAUCCCCUAGGGCCACCUCCUGUUGGUGCCCUAGGGUUAGCCAUAGAGAGUGAAGCCUGAGCCAAGGGGCUGCUGCUUGCCCAUUUGGUGAGUAUGUGCUGGUCUGUUUGCUGUCUGCAAGCUCCGGUGUGUGUGCCUGGCCUGGCCUUGGGCUCAGGCUGCUGGAGUUGAGUGGCCUGGCAGGGUGUGGGGCUGGCCCUGGAAUGAACUGCCUUGUGGUGUGGCAUCUGCGGAGCAGGGGCAGCACACCUGGUCAGAGCUGCCCAGGCCUGGGUGGAGGCUGAGCCCUGACUUACCAUCAUUGGAUGUAUUUUUUUAAAACAGCAAUAAUUAGCCAUUUUAAGGAAGGGGUGUACCCAGGAGUGUGUACAUGUGCAUUCGUGUGCCUGUGAGUGCACCUAUGUGAGCAUCUGGAUGUACGUGUGUAUGAGCAUCUGUGCCCAUGUGCAUGCAUGCGUGUGUGCACAUAUAUGUGCAACUACGCAUGUGCUGCACAUGCCCAGUGUGGGUGUGCAUGUUUGUGCAUGUGGCUGUGAACAUGGGUAUGUGUGUGUGUGUGUGUUUGCACAGAUGUGUGAUGGGGAGAGCCAGAGGAGGGCUUCCUGCUCUGGGAGACACCCUGUGGUGAAAAGCAAGGCCCUGGGCUCUUGGGCUGGGCUGGCUCCAUGCAGGUGUACCCCAGGCCCUCCUGACUUUGGCCAACCCCGUCCACCUCCCUCUUGGCUGUGGCAGGGUAGGGGCGGGAGACCCCUCGGACAGACUGGCCGGCAUUGGCCAGGGGCAGAGGGUCGUCAUGGUGGUGGGUCUCACUGCUGUCUUGUGUUCCCGAAGCUGUACUGUGAGCCCAGGACAGGGUGGAUGUCCUGUGGCCCCGGGAUGUGCCAAAGCAACCCUGAGGGCCGGGUGAUGAGCCAGCUCCCAAGGAGGCAGGCUGGGCCCCAGUGGGCGUGUGCCGGCCUUCGUGGCCCCCAAUGCUGCUGUUUUUCAAUAAAAUCAGAGUUGAAGGAA